CGGAGACGCACACUUGUACGACAAUGGAAAUACCGAAGUUAAUAAUAUUGCUGUGCUGCUCGUACUACGGGUUUGCUUCACACCAUGGUCACACAAUACCAGUGGAAAACUAUGAAACUGAACUUCAAGUCCUCGGAGAAUCCGUCGAAAUCCCUGAAACUCCCGUCAGAGUUGUGAAAAUCACUAAAACUGUAGCCGUCAAGGUCCCAGUGCCAUAUCCAGUGAAAGUGAUAGAGAAAGUACCAUACCCUGUUCACAUCAACAAACCCUACCCAGUGCCAGUGCCACAGAUUGUAAAAGUUCCUCACGUUGAAUCACCACCGAAGUUGCAUGCGCACGAAGCGCUCGGCAGCCAGGAUGGCCAGAGCCACAGUCACUUCCCUGGAAACUCUUACCAGGUUCAAGAAGCACACUCCCGUGACGGACCCUCUGACGACUCCUAUGGGCCAGAAAUACAAUCCUAUAACGGAGAUAACUCGGGCCAUAUCCAUGGUUUCGCACCUUACGGCGAUGAGUCUUCAGAAGGAUCCUCUGGAAGCUCUUAUGGAGGACCAUCUCACAGCUACUAUGGUAAUGACGCUGAAUCUUUUGAAUCCAAAAAUUACAACCAAGCAAUAAACGACUAUAUCCAUAAACCUAACCCUAGUGGUCACACAGGUUUAAGUUACCAUUAA